AUGACACAUUCGAAUUUUGCUCCAAAAGUUACAGAAACUCCAUUGUCAGACAAAUCGGUACCGGCAUCGGAAGAGACUAAUACGUCAAUAAUUUCCAGUUAUUCAACAAUUGCUACAACUGAUUAUUCAGGACCGACCGCUAGUUCUGCGAUAUCUACACCCAAACCACAAGAGGGCAAUAGCGAUGCACCAACUUCUGAAAUCCUCACUACUUUUGUGACACCUACACCUAAACCUAUCGCAUCACCGAUCACUACUUCACAAUCGAUCACUCAAGCAUCUUCAAUUUUAGAUAAGAAUUCACAACAAAAAGCUACAUCUGCCGGAAACACUCAAAGUAAUUCGAAUUCAGAAUCUAUAACAGCUGCAAUUAAAAAUAAUAGUAACAUUCCGACUUCCACAACUGUCACGUGGUCUUCUUUGUAA